AUGACAACACUCUCCCUAUCGCUGGCCCCGCCAGCCUUGAUCCAACUCCACGACGCCUUGACAUGUCUCUCUAAGUUCAGCGAGACUGUCGCCAUCGAGGCAGAGCACGACCUGCUGUUCUUCGAUGCGUAUGCCUUCAGCACUGACGCCAACAGUCGAGCUGCGCGUCAUCAUCAGAGCACGACGAGUAGUGCGCAGUCAGAUCGGUUCUGCUGCCAGAUCUACAUCAAGGUCUGUGAACUGGGCCUUCUUUGCAAUGCAAUCAAUGGCAGUUCGAUGCUAAUGGAGAGCCAAUACAGGCUCUGCUAUCAAUCUUCCGUGGUCGCAUCGACCGUAAUAAAGACACCGCCGUGGAGCGCUGCGACAUGGAAAUCCGUGAAGCCUGCAACCGUUCAACAUGCCGUCUUCGAUCGCACAAGGGCUAUAAACCAGUGGACUGCGGACCCGCGGUUUCUGAGGUCGAUAAUCGACCACUUCAGCUUUUCGGCUGAGCAGCUGGAUAUGUACUCCGACUCAGGCAAGGCGGUGUUUACCAGUUUUACCACCAAGGUUACUGAGGGCAAAGAAGUCCUCAAGCAUCCCGUACACACCUCUGUGGCCAUCGAUAAAAAAGAUUUUGCCGACUUCCUCGUCGAGGACAAGCUGCACGUAGCAAUCAACUUGAAAGAUUUCAAGGCCGUGGUCGCCCACGCCGAGACGAUGAAUGCCACCGUCACAGCACGAUACACCCGCCCCUGCAAGCCGCUGCAACUGGCAUAUGAGUUCGAAGGUGUCGACGCACAGUUCACGCUAAUGACGCGUGGCGAAGCCGUCGAAGGAGGCGACGACAAUGUGCCGACCUCCUCCCGGGCCUCGAUGCCGCAGCAACUCUCUGCGCGGCCAACGCCAGGACCGGCUCUGACUCCAGCGGAAAGAGCCAGGCAGAAUCCGAAUCCUGCUCCGGACAUGCCGCCUCCGCCAGUAGCGCGCAGUCGGUCGAUCCGCCCGCUUACGGGCUUGUCUACUCAGGAGAAUUUUGCGCAGAAGGCUAGUGCGGAGCAGCGACCUUCUGCAUCGUCGACGGCGUCCGCGUCGAUGGACUUUGAUAGCUUGUUUGUGCCGGCGGACGAUGACCGACAGUGGGAUGAGAUGAAUGAGGAGGAAGAGCCGCAGGAUAUUCUGGGGUGGGAUGCCACAGGCCAGACAUUCCAGGCUACGUUGCGCGAUGAGGAGCCUGACUUCUCCAGACUGACGGCGGCGUCGUCGCGCAAAGAGGCUCCCAAGGAAGAGAUGGGCAUUCCGCCGACACAGCGCAUGUCCCAGGUAUGUCUAUUGGCAAAUCUGGUCGUGAACAGCUCGCUAACGAGUCACAGCUUCGUGGUCUGGGUCUUUUCGACUGAGUUAUUUGUUUAUCUUGGUCUCUGA